AUGCAACAAAUCAUAACGCCAAAACUCUUUGAUACGGAUAACAUUCAACCCAUAUUAGCUGACACUUUUCAAGAAGAAUCAACAAGGACUGUUGCCUUUGUGCCUGGCUUUAUGCCAGAGGAUCAAUUGCCCGAAGCUAGGGAUGUUAUAUUAAGUCAUCAGGUUCGUCAUCAAGUAGCAAUUCCUCCUAAUUAUGAUUACAUCCCACUUUCUCAACAUGUUUCACCUGAAGAGCCUGCAAAAGUAUUUCCAUUUGAAUUAGAUCCAUUUCAAAAAGUUGCGAUACAAUGCAUAGAAAGAUCUGAAUCAAUUCUAGUAAGUGCACAUACUUCUGCUGGUAAAACUGCGGUAGCAGAAUAUGCUAUUGCACAGGCUUUAAAAAAAGGAGAGAGAGUUAUUUAUACGAGUCCUAUAAAGGCUCUAAGCAACCAAAAAUAUAGAGAAUUAGAAAGUUUUUUUGGAGAUGUUGGAUUAAUAACUGGCGAUGUUUCCAUCAAACCAGAUGCAAGUUGUUUAGUGAUGACUACUGAGAUUUUAUUAACUAUGCUUUAUCGUGGAAAUGAAAUGAUGCAUGAAGUGUCAUGGGUGAUUUUUGAUGAGAUACAUUACAUGAAAGAUCAAGUCAGAGGAGUUGUUUGGGAAGAAACGAUUAUUCUUUUAUCAAAUAAAAUUCAUUUUGUAUUUUUAUCUGCAACCAUUCCCAAUGCUAUGGAAUUUGCUGAAUGGAUAUGCAAAAUACAUGCACAACCGUGUCAUGUUGUGUACACCGAUUUUCGUCCAACUCCAUUACAACAUUAUAUUUUUCCUUGUGGAGGUGAUGGCAUUUUGAUGAUUGCUGAUGAGGAAGGAAAUUUUCAAGAAGAAAAUUUUAGAAAAGCAACAGGAAUGUUGGAUGUAGAUGCUAAUGUUGAAUAUUUUGAUUACAAGGGAAAGAAAACAAUAAUACCAUCGGGAAAAGAAAAGUCCGAUAUUUAUAAAAUUGUAAGUAUGGUUAUGGAAAAAGUAUACGAUCCGGUAAUAAUCUUCACAUUUGGUAGAAGAGAGUGUGAGAAUUUAGCUAUGCAAGUAAAUCAUUUAGACUUAACUGGAGACGAAGAAAAGGAUCUAAUACAACAAGUAUUUGACAAUGCACUCAGCAUGCUUCCUGAUGACGAUCAAGAUUUAUCACAAAUUGGAAAUAUGUUACCAUUUUUAAGACGUGGUAUUGCAAUUCAUCAUUCAGGAUUAUUACCAUUCCUUAAAGAGGUCGUUGAAUUACUUUUCCAAGAAGGGUUAAUCAAGAUUCUUUUCGCAACUGAGACGUUCUCUAUGGGUCUUAAUAUGCCUGCUAGAACUGUUGUAUUUUCUGAUAUAAAAAAAUUUGAUGGUCAAUGUUUAACCUCUGGUGAGUAUAUUCAAAUGUCAGGUCGUGCAGGUAGGAGAGGUCUUGAUUCAAGAGGAAUUGUAAUAAUCAUGGCCAAAGAAAAGUUAGAACCAUCGAUUGUUAAAGGGAUGGUGAUGGGUAGACCCGACAAUUUAUAUUCUGCAUUUCACUUAAAAUACAGUAUGAUUUUAAAUAUGACCAGAGUUGAAGGAAUUAGUCCUGAUUACAUUCUUCAGAGAAGUUUUUAUCAAUUUCAGAAUACAGCUGGAUUACCAAAACUUGAAACAGAGCUAAGCAAAUUAGAAAAAGAAUAUAAAGAUUUUGAUGUACCAGAAGAAGAUGCAAUCAAAGAGUAUUUUAAUAUAAGGUCACUUUUAGAUUCAUAUAUUCAUGAUAUAAGAAAUAUUGUAAAUCAUCCACUUAACAUUUUAAAAUUCAUGAGGCCUGGUCGCUUGGUUUGGGUGAAACAUGCAAAUAUGGAGUUUGGAUGGGGUAUGGUAGUUGCUUGGGGAAAAAAAAAGGUAAUGAAAAUAAAAAAUUAA